CUGAUGGAGCUCUUCGACAGCGGUGAACUCGUCAACCUCCGUCUAUCCACUUACCAUAAUCCCCACCACUGAAGAGAGGUACAUCACUUUCAAACACUCACUCAUUACCAUAUUAUAUCCAUCAUUAUCAAGAUCCACAGCCAAUAACAUACAACACAAACUAGAUUGACACCACACACAGAACUACACCUUGAAAGAAAGAAAGAACCAGAACCAGAACAGACAAUGCCUGCCACGAAACAGGAACUCUCGCUGCUAAUCAACCCGCUCGUCCCGGAGUCCGUCCAACACAAUAACCGAGUCCUCUCCCAACUCCACUCCCUCACCUCCUUCCUCCUAGGCCUCACAGCCGGCAUCCUCGCGCUGCAAUCAGCAACCGGCUUCGCGUUCUAUCUCCUCGGGACGGUGCUCGUGUCGGGGUUGUUUCAUCUGCUUGUUCUCAGACGGAGUGGUGGGAAGGGCGCUGGUGUUUUCUUUCCCGGUUCGGGGCUGGUUAAGGGAAUGGGGGAGGAGAGGCGCGUGGAGGGAUGUGUGGCUUGGGGCGGGGUGCUUGGGGAGGCGCUCUCGGGGUUUAUUCUGGGGUGGGCGGGUGUUGGGGGGUUUUGA